ACACAAACGCAGAACCUGACCGAGGACAAGACCUAAGUCUUCUCUCUCACGGGAUCAGAGGUUGUAGCAAUGGAACUGGUCUCAACAUCAAUUGGCAUGUUUACGGUUGAUUUUUUCAAAAAGCUGAAUGAGAGCAACAAGUGCAAAAACAUCUUCUUUUCCCCUUGGAGCAUAUCAUCUGCUCUGGCUCUGAUGUACCUGGGUGCAAAAGGCAAUACAGCAACAGAGAUGGCAGAGGUUCUUCAUUUCACUCAAGCAACAGAAGCUGAAGGCUCUUCUUCUGUGGCCAGACCUCAGGGGAGAACAAAGAGAAGAAAAAUGGAUCCUGAGCACAAGCAAGCUGAAGAUAUCCAUUCUGGCUUCAAAGAGCUCCUGACUACCAUCAACAAACCCAGAAGCACCUACUCACUGAGAAGUGCCAACCGUAUUUACAUGGAAAAAACCUUCCUAUUAUUGCCAAGAUACCUACAGCUCAGUAAGAACUACUACAAAGCAGAGCCACACAAGGUUAACUUUAAGACAGCACCGGAACAAUCCAGAAAGGAAAUCAACACUUGGGUUGAAAAACAAACUGAGGGCAAAAUCAAGAAUUUCCUGACUUCACGAGAUGUGUCAAAUUCCACCAAGCUGAUCCUGGUAAAUGCCGUUUACUUCAAGGCAGAAUGGGAAGUGAAAUUUCAGGCAGAAUAUACGAAUCUGGAACCCUUCCGACUGAGCAAGAACAAGACCAAGCCUGUGAAGAUGAUGCACAUGAGACAUACAUUUCCACUUCUCAUCAUGGAAACAAUGAAUUUUAAAAUGAUUGAGUUGCCGUAUGUGGAACAUGAACUCAGUAUGUUCAUCCUCCUUCCCGAUGACAUCACAGACAGCACUACGGGUCUCGAACAGCUGGAAAGAGAAUUGACAUAUAAGAAGCUGUCGGAAUGGACUGAUUCCAAGAAGAAGACCGAAACUCUUGUGGAUCUGUACCUACCUAAGUUCAAAAUGGAGGAGAGGUUUGACCUCACAGAUAGUCUGGUGAGCAUGGGAAUGCGCAGCGCCUUCGGCGGCAGCGCGGAUUUCAGUGGAAUGGCUGAGGAGGGUGGCAUGAACAUCUCCAAAAUUCUUCACAAGUCUGUUGUUGCAGUUGAUGAGAAAGGCACUGAGGCAGCUGCUGCUACUGCAAAUGUCAUAUAUACAAGUCCACCUUUUGACCAUGCUCUGAAAUUUAAGGUUGACCACCCUUUCCACUUCUUCAUCAGACACAACAAAUCCAAGAGCAUCCUCUUUUUUGGCAGAUUCUGCUCUCCCCUAGAACGAGUUAUUACUUGCUCCCAGACAGCACCCAAGGUUCACUGUUCAACAGAGAAAUAUGAACUGCAGUGUUAA